AUUAGCAGAGAGAAUGAAACAUCUUCGGUGCUUUCUCCGCACAUGAAAAUGUACCAAAUAUUUUCACACGCACCUAAAUUUUAUACUUGAACAUUAUAUUUUCUUAAGUUUUUUGAAUUCUGAUAGGAUUUGGUGCGUUACUACUGCACUAACAUUUACGGUUCUGGCAUUUCUGCUGGACGAAAGUGAAAAGAUUUCUUCGAGCUUUUUUCCGGCAGAUAGGCGUGAUCGGAGUUUCUUCCUCUGUUUAUGAAGCUCUCGGCGGGAGAUUUAAUUUAUGCAUUAAAAAAACUCGCAGUCGGAGUUUGGGAAUCUGAUUUAAUUGAAACUUGAAGCUGCUCCAGAGAAUUGUAUGUAAAUGAUUUAUUUGCAGACGCAUUGACGUUUAUCAGGGAGGAAACUGACACCAAAAUUUUCCGGCAGAGAUCAGAGUUUCUUACUCUGUUUCUGCUGCUCUCUGUUGAACGUGCUGAUUUGAUUUAUGCGAAAAUUUGCCGGCCUUUGGUUUCUCUGUUCCGGUGGAUUUUGGAAUCUGAUUAGAUGAACCCAGAAGUCGUGUCGAAUCGUAUGCGAUCGUUGAAUCGAUCUUAAAAAAUCUCCAGGAUUCUACAUAGAAAUCGACAGCAAAAUGCUUAUUUUGUCAUAUUCAUAGAUGGGGACAAAUCUUUGUUGUUUACCAAGGUUCUAGGUUGCUACAAGAAGUGAUCAAGUCUCUUGGCAAUCAUGGCGUGCAGUUGUAUAUACAUAAUGAACUCUCCUAUGAACAGAAGCUCUAAGGAUGCCUGGAUGGAGCAAGACAACUUUUGGAAGUCAUUUUCGAGCAAAGGGACUAGUGAAAAAGCUCAAAUGAGAAGAUCCUAUUCCGAUAACCACCUGUCUUGUCAUGCAAAUCGUAUCCAGAGUUCAGAAACACAUCCAAAAUUGAAGAGUAGUCGUUCUACAGGAGGUCCCUUUAAAAUUCAGUUGUCAAGUUCGUUCCUCCCUGAUUCUCUUCGGUCAUUCCUGUUUGAUAUCGAGACAAGUAAGGAUAUUAACAUAGAGGAUGUUAUCUUCGAGACUGGUCAUGAUCAUGAUCAUGACAACGAAGGGAUGGAGGCUGAGGAAGAGACAAGAAGGUCCAAUUGGAUUAGAAGGCUCCUCGAGCUAAAGAGAAAUUGGAUAGAGAAACAGAAGAACGAUGAUGCAAAGAUACCUGAAGACAACCUGGAAAAUAGUGGAGAAGACUGCGAGGAGGAAGGUUGUGAAGUAGACUAUGAGGAUGACAAUGAUGCAGCUGACGAGAUGAACACUGAUAGAGAAUCAUUCUCCAGAUUGUUAAGGCGAGUCUCCUGGUCGGAUUCCAAGCUUUUCUCUAAGCUGGCUUUCUUAUGCAACAUGGCUUAUGUUAUUCCCGAGAUCAAGGCCAGGGAUUUAGAAAGAUGCUAUGGUCUGGACUUUGUAACAUCUUCCUUGGUGAAAAAAGCAGAAGCUAUGGCUAUCACAGCCAAGUUUGACAAGGAUUCAAUUCGUGUGCCAGUUCCAUCAUCAGAUAAUUCAGUGCCUAAUCCAGAUAAAAUGGAGGAAAUUGAGCAUAACCGUCUACCUCCGCCAUUAGUUGCUUAUGAUAUAGCAGCUUCGGCAGCAUCUUAUGUCCAAUCCCGUGCUAAGGGCCUAUUAUCAGUUGGCAGUGAGUCCAAAUUGGUAGUUGAUGAUGCGACCUUGAAAGCUAACAAAGGGUGCUCAGCAGAUGAAAAAGAUGACUCUUCCCAAAGAGUUUACAAGUCAGAGAUGGCUGCAUAUGUAGCUGCAUCAACAAUGACAACCAUGGUUGCUGCUGAUGAGAAACAAAAGCUGGAGGCAGCGAGGGACCUUCAAUCACUUCAAUCCUCACCUUGCGAAUGGUUUAUUUGUGAUGACAUAACCACAUAUACUCGCUGUUUUGUUAUUCAGGGAUCAGACUCAUUGGCGUCAUGGAAGGCAAAUCUCUUCUUUGAACCCAGCAAAUUUGAGGAAAUGGAUGUGUUGGUUCAUCGCGGAAUUUAUGAAGCUGCAAAAGGAAUUUAUGACCAAUUCAUGCCAGAGAUAAUGGAGCAUCUGCAGAGGUUUGGCAGCAAGGCAAAGUUUCAAUUUACUGGCCACUCUCUCGGAGGAAGCCUCUCACUUCUUGUCAACUUAAUGCUGCUAACUCGGAAGGUCGUCAAACCAUCCUCUCUUCUACCAGUUGUCACUUUUGGAUCACCAUUUGUGUUCUGUGGUGGUCAAAAGGUGCUCAAUAAUUUGGGUUUGGAUGAGAAUCAUGUGCAGUGUGUGAUGAUGCAUAGAGACAUUGUUCCGAGGGCAUUUUCAUGCAACUACCCAAACCAUGUGGCCCAAGUCCUCAAACGUUUAAAUAGUACAUUCAGAUCCCAUCCUUGUCUGAAUAAUAAGAAUAAACUGUUGUACUCUCCAAUGGGAAAGAUAUUCAUCAUCCAGCCUGAUGAGAAGUCAUCUACCCCUCACCCUUUGCUUCCUCCAGGCAGUGGCAUUUAUUCUCUAGACAGCACCAAUUGUGCAUUUACUAGGAGAGCUUUCAGAGUCUUUCUGAAUUCUCCACACCCAUUAGAAAUUCUAAGUGUCCCUACAGCAUAUGGUUCUGGUGGUACAAUUCUCAGAGACCAUGAGUCGAGCAAUUAUCUGAAGGCUGUGAACAGCAUUAUAAGGCAACGCACAAAACUACUUGUCAGGAGAGUAAGAAAACAAAGGAACCUGAUUUGGCCGUUAUUGGCUUCACAAUCUCCACAUGCAUGGAGCCAUGAGCGUGACAUAAAAGAUGGAGGAAUAUUAAGAAAGGAAAUAAUGUCAAGCGUUUGAUUUCCUAGCGAGAAUUCAUACCUACUCCCUUGAGCCUUCUCUUGCCCCAGACCUGUCAAAUUACAAAUGUAUUACAAGAGCUCAACCUCAUUUGAGAAUUGCUCUACCCAAUUAGAACCUAUAAGUUUUCCUGCAACCUAUGAUCUUUACGGAAUGGUACGAGGGAGAGAUGGUUUAGCCUAUUAUAUGAAGACUGUCGAUGUACCUUAUAGCAACAAAGUGCAGACAUAUCAGGAGAGCACAUAAGCUAAGGAACUUGGUAUGACUACUUUGGUGCAUGGUGUCAGUAUCCAUACUUUGGAAAAAGGAGAUGCAGUAAAGACAGAAAUCAUUACAUGAAAUGUUGUCUGAGAAUUGUCGAAUUAUAUCAUCUUCUAUAUAGUCUACCGAGUCAAAACACCUUGUCAAGUAAUUGUAUCAUGGAAAUAGUUGUUUAUACUGUAAAUGAAAUGUCAACUUGUGAGUUGUGAAGUUUACUUGAAAACUAGUGAUAAGAUUUUGGAAGCUCCUCUCUCAUCAUACACAGUAUGGGAUCACCAAAGGUUCAUAAUGCUCUCUCCUCAUCACAACCAAGAAGCUAUACUAAGUUGUCCUACAUUGUUCAACGUUGUUUCAAGUAGCCGAUGUGAACACUGCAUCCAUAGAAAGCACAGACGUGUUGUAUAUAACCCACACUCCUUUCAGAAAUUAAAAGAAGAGUUGGUCAAAGUGGACAACAGAUUCAAAAGGUGCUGUCUGUAUCUGUUUAGUUAUAUAUUCUUUUGAGAAGUAGAGUUCUCUCAAGUUUCAAUUAUCACUCCCUGUUUGAUUGAGAACGAUACUGCCAGCCCAUAUACAACUCGUACAUUUAUAAUUAUUUUCUUGUUGCUUUGAUAAUGAUUUACCUCACCUAUCAAAAGAUAAACUA